UUGGUUGACGCAUCUUUCUUUGCCGCGUCGUGUCUGCAUAAGCUAUCGUUCGCGCCAAAGGAGCCGUGUUUCCGUUUCCAUGACUACCUCAAAUUUCUAUGGUCAGGAGUGUCACGUGGACUUCGCUUUUCAUGCCUGCAUCAAACAUUAGGCGUGAAAAAAUGGCUAUGGCGAAGAAGAAGAAACAAUUUGACGAACUGAAAUUUUGGAAGGAUCCAAGAAUCUUCCAUCUGAAAUGUCUAUCAUGUGGUUCGGCUCUUCGCGAGCUCGUGAAAUUACCAAGGUGACAUCUUCGAUUGAAAAUCCUAAGCAAACCAAGUUAAUAUUUCAAAAGCUUCAUAUAUAUAUAUACAUACACGCAGAUGUGUCAUAUCUCAUAACGUUAAAAGCCACCUAAAUUGGGAGAGGUAUAUUUGGCGAAAAUGGCAGAGUCGGCGAGCAGCCAAAAUUUACCAUCGACGAGUAAGCAAUCAUCCCACGAGAUCUACUUACAACAGACUCACACCUGGCAUGAAAAAUAUUUUCAUAUGAUCAGCAAGUGGAAACAUAUAAUUCCAAAUUAUUCAAGGAAUAAUUACUAUAGUAGCCUUACAGACAGUUACAGAGCUAUGACACACGGCUGCCUUUUACAAGAUAUUUCUUACUAUACCUGUAUCGAAAUAGUAGGAGAGAAAAAUUGGUUGGAAGCAGCUUUGAGGGAACAUUGUAAUCCCAAAAAAACUUUUGCAGAAAGUAUGUACACCAAUGGUCAGAGAGAAGGUACUUUAAUGUUCUUUAAAAAGAAUGGCUAUCCACAGUUCCCUAUUGGUUACGUGAACUUUUUCUGGAAGCUAAGCGAGACAAACAUUAAAACCAUUUGGAUAUGGGUACAUCCUGCUUUUUAUAGUGGUUUUCGUAAGGAGAUUAUAUCCAGUUUUGACUUUAAACAGAAUAACGUGGGACAAGGUAGAACUGACAUUUCACACAAUUUAAAUGGUUGGUACACAAAUGACGCAGGCUGUGAAAUGCGUAUAUUAAAAUAUGCAUUAUAUAGACUCAGACUUUCUGGGCCAACAGCUUUAACUGUACUAAAAGAAGCAUUACAUGUACCAUCUCUAACUGAACUAGAUUUGGAUUCGGAAAGUUGCCCUAUGACAGAAGAACAGGAUAGCUCGUUAAAUGAUGAAAAACUAGAUACAUCAUCAGGUAAUAAUGUCUCUGUGCAACCUCUGCUGAAAAUGGCAAUUGAUGAAAAAGCUACCAAAGAUUUGACUAUACAAGAUAUUAAGGAAAAAAUGUGGCAUACUAUAUAUUAUAAAAAAAGAGAAAAUAUAGAAGCUUUUAAGAUGCAAGAGCAAAUAUGGCAAUCGAUGAAAGGGUCACCAAGUUUUCUGCAAUCAAAUAUAAUUAUUGGAUUAACCGUUUUAGAUCCACGCUUUUUACCUGCAGAAAGAACGAGAACUGAGAUUUCUUUAUCUAAUGAAAUCUUACGUUAUGUUCAGUUAUCAUCUGACUUAAAUCGUUCUGCUAUUUGGGAUGCACAAAUACGUCAGAUCGUAAGGAGAUCUUGUAUGUCCAAUCGCACAAUCGGCGAGAUUCAACUUACGUCAGAUGAUCGAUAUUUCAGUAAGGAUACAGUGGCAAAAAUACCGAUACUUCUUAUACAGAAACCUGCAGUAGCUCAUUCAGAUUUCGGUUCCAGGAUUGAUAUUAUUAUACCAACUAGAUGGGCAGGGGCAAUUUGGAUGGCACUUACAAAGCAAUCUCUAUUAGUAGGCGGACUUCGAGAGACCCAUUUAGUAGGUUUUGAAAGUUUAGGAACACACGUACCUGAUAUUAAUGAUCCCGACACUUCUGUUUACAUGAGACAAGCGUUGAAUAGAAAGGAAAAAUUAACCAAUGAAUAUUUUUCUCAUUCACCAAACCAAAGAGUUAAUUUUAUCAAAUUUGGUAUUCAUAGUCCUUUCUUCUGCGAUUGGGAAAAUUUAACCAAAGGCUGGUCGGACGUUCAAGAUUUUUACGUUUUGAGACACUUUAGACUUUUAACACUUUUAAGAACGGAAAUUAAAAUUGUUGAACAGAAUGCAAGGUCCAAAUCAACUAUCCAAGAGACAGAAUUCGAUUUUCGAGAUUUCGAUGAAUAUCAAAAUUGCCUGGUACAAGUUGCAUUGUCUUUGGACAAAGGAAGACCGAAUGCGUUCGCGAUCAUAUGUAUGUCGACACACGAAGAUUUGAGAAGAUUCGAAAUUAAUAAAAAUUAUGAAGGGCCUGUCGAAAAAUAUCACACCGAUCGGGAUGAAAAUUCCAGCACAAAAUUACGUAGAAUACGCUCGACGGAAUUAAAACGACUAAGUCGGCACAGAGUUAAACGGAAGAAAACGUUGCGAGAUAAAGUAUUACCGGAGAAAUUUGAUAUGAUUCAUGACGUGAGGAAUCGUGCAAAGCUCUCAGAACGUAACAAAAUAAUAUCAGAUCGUGAGAAAGAAAAGAGAAAAGUGAAUCUCCCAGAAUCGGAAGUUCGCAGUUCCUGCGAUAGAGAAGUCAUGGGAGUCCGGAUCUCAGGGCCGUUUCUCCCACUCCAAGUGCAUGCAGGCGGCCGAGCGCGGCGAAAAACAGUACCGUCUAUGAUCUAUGCCGCUCUAGUGAUGAUAGCAAGGAGGACACCAUCACGAAGAAAAAAAUAUAUAUAUAUUAACAAUGGUGUAAUUUUUAGGCGUGAAAAAAUGGCUAUGGCGAAGAAGAAGAAACAAUUUGACGAACUGAAAUUUUGGAAGGAUCCAAGAAUCUUCCAUCUGAAAUAUCUAUCAUGUGAUUCGGCUCUUCACGAGCUCGUGGAAUUACCAAGGUGA